UCGCGCAUGCGUAAAUAGACGUCUGACCAACAUAAUAAUAAUAAUACACACAUAAAUAAACAUCACUUAUUAUUUAGGAUAAAAUUAUAAACAAACAUGGCAGAUGAAUUGGAGUCAAAUAAAGAUGAAUCGUGUAAAUUUUUAUUUAAAAAAAGAAAAAUAAGAAAUACUGCUGCAAGAAAACGUAACACUGAAGAACAGGCAAACGGUAGUAGUGAUGACGAAACUACAGUGGUAAAAAAAGAAAAGAAAAUUGAUAACUCCAAUCCACUUCGACAAAGUACUCUAAAAUCACAUGUAAAGAAACAAUUAAAAAAACAAGCAGGUAGUAGUGAUGAUGAAGAAGACGAAAAUGUAAUUGUAUCGUAUAAAAGUGCGAGAUCUGCUAACAUAGCUGGUCCUAGUGAUCAAGGUGCUACAGCUAUAUUGGAAACUGAAACGGAACUUGACAAAGAUGCUCAAGCAAUUUUUGAAAAAGCUCAACAGAUAAAUGAAGAAUUAGAAGGAAAAGCUGAUGACAAAAUUUAUCGAGGAGUUAAUAAUUAUUCUCAAUAUUAUAAAAAGAAAGACACAGCUGCUGGUAAUGCAUCCAGUGGAAUGGUUCGAAAAGGUCCAAUACGAGCUCCAACAAAUUUAAGAGCUACUGUUAGAUGGGAUUAUCAACCAGAUAUUUGUAAAGAUUACAAAGAAACUGGGUUUUGUGGUUUUGGAGAUAGUUGUAAAUUCUUGCAUGACAGAUCUGAUUACAAGUUAGGCUGGCAGUUGGAGAGAGAUGCUGGAGCAGCUGAUAGUGGAGAUGAAGAUGAUAAAAAAUAUGAAAUAGAUAGUGAUGAAGAUAAUUUACCAUUCAAAUGUUUUAUUUGCAGAGGUUCAUUCGUUGAUCCUAUUGUGACAAAAUGCAAGCAUUAUUUUUGUGAAAAAUGCGCAUUGAAUCAUUUCAAAAAAUCAACGAGAUGUUUUAUAUGUAAUGUACAAACGAAUGGAGUAUUUAAUCCGGCUAAAUUAUUAAUUUCACAAUCAAAACUUAGAGAGAAUAAUGAUAAUGAUAAUGAUAAUGAUGACUCCGAAGAAGAGAAUGAUGAUGAUGAUAAUGAUGUUAAUACUUCAUAAAGAAAGAUUAGAAGACAAUAAACUAUUAAAAUACAUUUUUAUAAAAAAAUUAU